AUGGCAGCGCCCUCCGAUAUCCCCAACAUUGAUGACUUCCCAGAUAUAACCUCCUUCGACCUUCCCAACGACACGUUCUUCGCGUGGGACGACCCACAUGACGAUGUCGCACUCAACGCGUAUCUUGACAAACGACAUCGCCACGGGGAGGCCUCUAGAGAAUACCUUCUAGGCGACAAACCAUAUCCGGUCGAGGUCGUCGCGCGCUGGCACGCGUUCAACUUCCCUUGGUCCGACACGCCUCCCCCCGCCGACCGCCGCCCCGUUCCAGCAGCCGUCCUUGACAGCGCAUUCGCCAACCCCCACUCAAUUAUCACGAUCACGCUCACCCAUCCCAUCAACACCGGCAUCCCCGCCUCCUCCCAGGUCUGGCAGGGCACAAUCCACGCGUCCCCCGCUUCUCCGCGCGUAACUUCGUCAACAGAGACCCUCGGCGCCCCUACUGUUCUCAAGCUCUUCGUAGAAAGCGCGCUGGGGCCCCCAUGGCAAUUCGCCCCCGACCGCGGGCUCGAUCAGGGCUUCUGGCCGUUCAGCGGGAAGCAGGCCCGCGCUGAAGCACGUGCGUACGCAUGCAUGCGCGCUCUCCAAGGGAAGGAAGUCCCGUGGUCGUACGGCUUCUACUGCCUCCGGCUCCCGUACGGCGAGCUCGCGUACGCGCACGCGAUGGAGCUCGUCCCGGGCGAGCCUAUGCGCAGCGUAUGCCUGCGUGACGCGCCACCGGCGCUCGUCUGGCCGCUCGCAGACGCGAUGGCCGCGUGCCUGCACAGCCUCACGCUAUGCGGCGUGCUCCAGGGCGACGUCGACAAGCGGAAUAUGAUCCUUGCCCCGCCAGACGCCGCCCAGAGCGUCGUCUUCGUCGACUUCAACCUCGCGGGCCCCGUGCGCGUGUGCAGCACCGACCGCGGGGUCGAGAUCGUCAUGCUCAUCAACGACAUCGGCGGGAUCGUGCGCGCCCUCCGUGAGAUGGAGGUGCCCCUCCCGCUGAUUGGGGCAUGGCUUGAGGAUCGCGGGCGUGCUGUCCCGUCGCCGCCGUGGAUCGGCCUAUUUCUGCUCGCGGACCAGGCCGUACCUAAUUGGUAUGAGGCUCUCUCGGUCACCCUGGCCAAUGCGGAUCACCAGUGCUGUCACGAAACACAGAGGACCGCGGAGAAUGUGCCGUACAGACAUAAUCAGCAGCAGAAAGAAAAACCCAGAUCCUCGAGUUGA